AUGCAGUGUGCAGAAGUCGAAUAUGAAGAUUUUGCUGUUGAUAUACCGGGAGAUGGCGAACAAGAAGAAAUCCAUAAUGGAGUGAUACGUCAGAGAGAAGGCUCCUUACUGGGUCCGGCUUUCAUUGUGGUAGCUUUCAGUACUGGUCCUGCACUUCCAGAUGCUUCUUCGAUGAAUGGUCUUCAGAAUAGGUUGACAUCAUGUAAAUGAACAAAUAAUAAUCGACCUAAACACCACCGACACAAACGUUUACCGGUAUACAGUAGUAGCU